AUGUCUUCCACAUCAUUCAAUCAAGAACAAGAAAUAGAGGCACGACGUAGUCCUCGUAUAUUUAUUGCAACACUGCCACGUCGAAUACUAACACAAACAGACUAUGAAACGAUUCUCCUCAAUGGUGUCCGUCAAUUGAUACACGACUUCUUCAGUCGACCUGAGCAACAAUCACCCUACCGAAGUCUUUUUCGAUGGACAAUUGAUGAAGGCAUUCCAACAAAAAAGAAAUAUAGUGUUCUUUUGCGUGUUAGUGAACCAGCAGAUCCUAGUUUCACAUGA